CAACAAGAUCCACCUGUGUGUGGCCGUAACCUCCCUCAUCUUACCCAAAGAGGAGCGUUUAGGCCCCUACAAACUUCUUUAAAAACGGCAAAAACAGGAAUGCUAAGAUUACCACUUCCCCACCUCUUGUGCCAUGGGUCACUCAUUAGGAUUGGGGUGGUUCAUUCUUUUGAUAGCUGUUAUGAACACAGAGGCUCAAAAGAGGCCCCCUUUAAAUAUCACUGCUCAGUGUCUGGGGAAUGUGAUGCGUGUGGACGUUGGUCCACUUGGAGGAAAUCUUCUGAAAAUUACUGCUGUCAUGAAUAACACUGCCAUUCCUCUUACGCCAAGUUUAGCCUCGCAGUGUGGCAUCAGUGUGAAGAUUGAUCUGCUGGGAAACGCCUUGAUUUAUGCCUCUCUUCAAAACUGUUUUGCUCACAAUGUGGACGAUAAAGAAUUCACCACUGCUUUGCAUCUUCGACUCCAUGGAAACCAGAUGCUUGAAGACGAGGUGUACCAGGUGGUUAAAACCUGCCGCUACACUCCCUGGGCCUUCAGGGAAAUUGUCUGUGACCACAACUACAUGGAGGUGUCGGUGAAGAGGGCAGCUGCAGAUGAUUAUGGCCUUCCUGCAUAUUCCAAGCAACAAGGCAGUCCAGAGUUUGCUUAUACUCGACAAGCCGCAGAGAAACACCCGAUAGAUGCAGGAUACAGAAUCACAACAGUUGUGUUCUUCACACCUGAGGAGAGGAUCAUGAAGGCGACUGAGGCCCACCAAAGGGGAUACGGGGUAGGAAACACUCCCACCAGGGUGAUUCUCCGGACUUCUAGGUCUGCACUGGCAACGUACACCCAGACUGUAGCAGGGGUGCCCAUGAAGGUGUUCAAAACUUCGACGAUCUUUGAGAAGCAGUGGCUGACUGCUCGAGUUGAUGCUGUAGCUGCUUGUCCAGUGCUGGAUGGUCAUAGUGUUUCCUUCACGCCCACCAUGAUCACUUGGCGCCUGCCCCAACACAUUGACCCCUUAAUGUCCUCUGGACGGGUUCAGCUCUUGGAGGUGUACUUGGGAAUCAACGGUCAGAGGCUUGAUCCUACUCAGAUGCCGGCCAAGCUGUCUGCCGACGACUCGUACAUCAUUGUUCAGAUUCCUGUUGGGGCCGACGGUGGAUACUUUAAGAGCCAUAUCCAGGGAAAUCGGUAUCUCCUCUCCUACACAAUCGAACCCAUGCUGGAGUUGCUCUGGACUGAAGAUGGAGAAGACACAAGAUACAAAGUCUUGUUUCCCAUCACAACGCCUUUGCUGUCACUGAAUCUUCAAGUUUUCGACAAUACUGUUCCAAAGCAGCGAGUGUUUAAGGUGGUGCUUGGGCAUUUUGCUCCUGACGUGGCGCUGAUGAACAUCACCUUCCCCUCUGAGGUUUUGACUAUAGCACAGUGCCAUGCCAGAGGCUUUAACGUCAGAGAGCAAGUGUCCCCUAACAGCAGCUUGAAGGUCUUUACACUUGAAGUGCCCUUCACAGACCCUGCCGUGCUACAAUCGAGGGGAAUGGGAUUUAUAGUCUACUCUCUUCACCUGACCUUUGGUUUGCUGGUGCUGAAUGAGUUUGCUCCAUUUUCUCACACUGCUUAUCUGGAAGCCACACUGGAAGACAGGGUUCCUCCUUCGGUCUCUGGAGGCUGUGAUUACCAGAACUUUUAUGUCCUUGUGAAACAUGGAACCUCAGACUUCAACUUUCAGGCCAUGGUGGGAAAACGACUGCUGACGCCAGGUUUGGCUCAGCAGUAUGGCUACACGGAGAAUGGAACUCACUUCAAUCUUGUAGUGCCGUUUGCAGCCCCUGAUGUUGAGUUUGAGGCUAUUACACCAACUUCCAUUAGGACCAGAAUUGAUGUGAUCCUGAAGGAUCCAGACACUAACGUGCCCAUCACGGACUUCUCGAUGGCUUGCAAUUUCUUCUCACCGCUCACUGAGUGUUUCCCUAAUGGUACCAUAACUACUCUGGCUGUGAAACUGGAGUCUGUUCCCAGCCUGAACCCCAGUGAGCUCACGCUGCACGACCCCACCUGCGGUCCAGUCUACAGUGACGACCGCUACGCUUACUUUGUCUUCACUGCUAACUCCUGUGGGACUACCAGAAAGUUUUUGCCCAAUGCAAUGCUCUACGAAAAUGACAUCUCUGUGCCACAUGACCUUGAAACAAAAAGUCCAUCAGACUCUGAGGAAGCAGAGUUUGCGCUAAAGGUUUCAUGUUACUACGACCUCAACACAACCCACGCUGUGUCCUUCCACACCAGACCUCGCAGGAGUGAACCAUAUGCUGAAAAUGCAAAAGGCCAGCUGCAAGUGGCAAUGAGACUUUCUUUGGACGACUCCUUCAGCGAGUUUUACAGACUCGAGGACUCUCCCAUCAUGAACUAUCUCCAGCAGCCGCUGUAUUUUGAGGUGGAGCUCAUGAGUGCAACAAAUCAAGUAUCACUGGAGCUGGAGAACUGCUGGGCGACAUUGGAUGAGGACAAGAUGUCCCAACCAAGAUGGGAUCUGAUCAUAAACGGCUGUCCACACACAGACCCACACCAUGUGGUCUUCCAUCCAGUGUGGACUGAUGCCAGGGUUCAGCAUCCCUCUCACUUCAAGCGCUUUGAGGUCCAGAUGUUUGCCUUUGCUGAAAAUGAAGAGGAUCUAAGUCUUCAGGUCUUCGUCCACUGUGAUGUUGUGAUCUGUGAUACCAGAAAUCCAUUAGGUGGCAUUUGUAAUGGGCAAUGUUCAGACCCAGAGAACAGAAAAGGUAAAAGACAUAUCUCAGAGGAACCAAGUUCAAAAUCAUUUGUGACAUUUGGACCAGUAAUUAUGAGUUGAUACAAUAAAGCUUUUCUUUUAAAUUCA